AUGGAUGUGGCAUCGCGCAGCCAGCCUACAGUGUUUUCGAACAAGCACUUCGCUCCAAAGUGGGAUAGCAUGAUGGCUAUCCUAGAGACUCUCGAAGAGAGAGCCAGCGAGUAUCUCGAGGUGACGAAGGGGUUGAUUUGGAAGCACAUCAGCACUCGUCUCAAUGCGGGCCCGAACGUGUUCGAGGAGUCUGUAGAGAGUGAUGAUGAGUCGGAGAGCGGUUUCAUACCUCUGCUCGAAUUGCAACCGUCAAAGCCGCAGAGCGACAGCAACGAGCCUGGCACGUCGAAGGUGGCGUCGAAGGUGGCGUCGAAGGUGGCGUCGAAGGUCGCAUCGAAGGUCGCGUCCACUGGCAAGCCUCCAUCGAGCACAGUGAAUAGGGCGGGUAAAUCGAUCGCCUUGUCGUCGAAGACACCUGGGAAGUCAUCCAGCUCGACGAAGACACCUGGCAAACCAUCCAGCUCGGCGAAGAGCACCAAGACCCCCCAGCCCUUCAAAGAAACCUCGGAGCGCAGCGACGAAGACGACGAGGUCAUCUCAGGCGAGGAGCAGGGCCCGGGUCCAAGCGAUAAUGAAGGGAGUGGUGGAGUUGCAGGCGAUGUAGGCGACAUAGCUGAACCUCGGGAAUCUGGCGAAGAACCUGUCGACGCCGCGUCCAACGAUGAGGAUACCCUAUUUCUCACCAUUGCUCUCACCCUCGCCCUCGCCCUCGCCCUCGCCCUCGCCCUCGCCCUCGCCCUCGCCCUCGCCCUCGCUAUCACUCUCGCUCUCGCUCUCGCUAUCACUCUCGUCGCUUUCGCUGCCCCCCUAACUCUCGUCGCCCUCGUCACGGUAGCUAUAGUCGCCCUCGUCGCCCCCGUCUCUCUCACACUGCCAUCAUGA